AUGUCGAUUGAUAAAGUAGAUGCUUCAUUAGAACUUCUUCGUCGUUUAGACCCACGCUCAGUGUCAACAAACCUCAACUCCAUAUGCACAAUACUUGCUGCAAACUCAAACUCUGAAGACGAGGAAGGCGAAUCAGCAGAACUAAUUGAAGAACUCCUUUCAGCAGUUGAUGUGCCACUUAAAGUUGCACAUUGUACUGAAUCAGGAAAGGAUUACUUGUGUUGCGACUACAAUAGAGAUGGAGAUAGUUAUCGAUCACCAUGGUCAAAUCAAUACUUUCCAGAACCAGAAGAAGAUGACUCGGAAUCACCUCCACCAUAUCCAAGUAAGAUCUUGAGACAAUUGGAAAUGAAAGCCAACGACGCAUUUGACAUUUAUAGAGAUUUAUAUUACGAAGGUGCAGGAAUCUCGAGUGUUUAUUUCUGGGACACUGCAUAUGAUGAUGAUGAUGAAGAAGAAGACGAAAAGCAAGGAAAUAACGCAGGUAGAGACCAGGGACUCGAGGAUGGGUUUGCCGGUGUGGUUUUGUUCAAGAAGGAAACAAGUGAUGGGUCCGGCAAAUGGGACUCUAUUCAUGUUCUUGAAGUCAUUCCAGAAAGUCUGAGACGCGUUAAUUAUAAAUUAACCACUUCGGUGAUUUUGGAUUUGAAAAACAGUAACCAGAACAUUGCAUCAAAGAGCGGUAAGAAUGGUAAAGGAUUGAGUUUAAGUGGAAGUAUAACCAGACAAUUGGAGCAGUCUCAGGUGAUUGACUUGGACUCUGGAGUGAAUUUGGAGACUAACCACUUGAUCAACAUAGGUACUUUGGUGGAGAAAGCCGAGUACAAUAUCAGAAAUGCAUUGCAAGAAGUUUAUUUUGACAAGUUGAAAGAUAUAAUGUUGAAGGAUUUAAGGUCACUCGAUGGUGCAUCUGAAAGAGAGAUUAAAGGCUCUCAAUCCGAUAUCAUUAAGGGCUUACAAAGUUUGUAG